GGUUAUCACGGUGAUAAAGAACUGCUUUUUCUGUACUAGACAUGUCUAAGAGCUCUCCCGAUUUAACAUCCGUUUGUGAAUCACUAAAAUCCAGCGAAUUUCCAAAGAGCACGUCUGAAUUGAAUCGUAAUUUCACUGACAAACUAGGAGUGCGAUGUAAACAAAGUGACAUCUUUGAAAUUAUCGUAAACAGCUGGCGUUUAUUUACUUUAUUUGAAGAAGAUCAUCUUGAAGUUAAAAGUUGUCUCAAAGCUUGUGAUUUAAAUACUAGUUACGAAUGUUUAGAAGAUAUACCUGUGGAAAAAGCAUUUGCUCCAGAAUUUCAAUGGAAAUUGCGCUCACAGUCACAGGAGAAUGAAAUUUUAAGAGAGCCUUUAGUUUCAAAAUGGUUUUUAGGAAAAUUGACAGAAAUCAACCGCUGCAUCUCCUCCAUAAUAUCACAAACCAAGUCUAAUGAAAUGGAACAAAGGUUAAAAUACCUGGUCUUGUUUGAAAAGGUGCUGCAGGCAUUUGGUUUAAUGACUUUGAGUGGACCAUUCUUAGUCACACACAAGGCUCAGAUCCUUGGUAGAACUAUGAGCUCUAAACCUGACAUUGUUUGUUGUCAAGAUGAUUUUGAACAACAAACAGUUUGCAUUUGUGAGGUAAUUAAACCUGUGCCAAAAGAAGGCGAUGACUUUACUCCUAAAAAAAAACUCAGACUUACUUCCCAUCCAGAUGAGGAAACAAUUGGCAAUGGUGGUCAGAGAAUUCCAGUACAGCACAUUGGAGACCUUUUUGUGCACCUGAACAAAUCACCUAUAUCUGAUAGAAUACUUGGAUUCAUCAUUGAAAAGACAUGGGUACAGAUAACUUUCCUCAAGGUUUAUCCCAUAACAAUGCAGAAAAUUGGAGAUACCCCUGUAAAUAUAGCUGGAUCUUUGAUAUUAGAUGAUGAAGAAUACCCUCAAUUUCACUACAGCAGGCGCUAUAACUUCUUAAAUCGACAAGAUCGCAAGGAGUUGUUCAAAGCACUGUUGCUCAUUGAGAUAAUGUUAGUAAGAAGAGAAAGAGCUCGAAAAAGAUGACACAGGUCUUGCUCAAGGAUGAUGAAGUGUAAACUUGGAUCCACUUGGAUGUUUUAUAAAUGUAUUACUGACAAAUUGUUUUUUAUUUCAAAACUUCAAAGCAGAUGCAUGAUUUAGACAUGAUCUACAUGUAUACACAUAAAAAUUUUAUUUCUUCUGUAACUUUGAA